GGAAACAUUUGCUGAGAAGUGAAAAAAGCGGGGAGUGAGAUUUUUCAUUUGAUUUUGUCCACGUGUGUUCAAGGGGGUGUCCUUUUGUUAACUGUGCCUAGUGAGUCCACGUGUGUAUGAGGCUGUAUUUGGCUGUGUGAGAACAUAGGCAAUCUCUCACUGACAGGGACAUAAGCAUUAGCAACCCUCCUCUCCCUCUUGCUGGCCCCGGCUGCGUCUGUGGCUUCCCUUCCAGACUUGGGGGAGGCCUCUUCCCUUCCCAGAGCCUUGGGUGGGAGGACAGGAGGGAGGAGGGAGAAGGGGGGAGGGGGCCUGACUAGGGGCGGCUGAGCUCUGGGGCUCAGAGGGGGCGGGGCAGGAAAGGGGAAGGAGGGGAUGGCUCUGGGGUCCCAGAACUGAGUGGAGCAGUAGCCGAGUGCUGUAGCUGGUGGGAGGAAGUCCUGGAGGCCAUGGACACUCAGCCACUGGGAUCAACGAGAUGAGCAGCAGCUGCUCAGGGCUGAGCAGGGUCCUGGUGACCGUAGCUACAGCCCUGGUGUCUGCCUCCUCCCCCUGCCCCCAGGCCUGGGGGCCCCCAGGGAUCCAGUAUGGGCAGCCUGGCAGGUCCGUGAUCCUGUGUUGUCCUGGAGUAACUGCUGGGGCCCCGGUGUCCUGGUUUCGAGACGGGGAGCCACGGCUGGUACAGAGACCCAACUCUGGUUUAGGGCAUGAACUGGUCUUGGCCCAGGCAGACAGAACUGAUGAGGGCACCUACAUCUGCCAGACCCUGGAUGGUGCACUUGGGGGCACAGUGACCCUGCAGCUGGGCUACCCCCCUGCCCGCCCUGUUGUCUCCUGCCAAGCAGCUGACUAUGAGAACUUCUCCUGCACCUGGAGUCCCAGUCAGGUCAGCGGUUUACCCACCCGCUACCUCACCUCCUACAGAAAGAAGACGGUACCAGGAGCUGAUGGCCAGAGGAGAAGUCCGUCUACAGGGCCCUGGCCAUGCCCACAGGACCCCCUAGGGGCUGCCCGCUGUGUGGUCCAUGGGGCAGAGUUCUGGAGUCAGUACCGGAUUAAUGUGACUGAGGUGAACCCACUGGGUGCCAGCACACGCCUGCUGGAUGUGAGCUUGCAGAACAUCUUGCGCCCUGAUCCACCCCAGGGGCUGCGGGUGGAGUCGGUACCAGGUUACCCACGACGCCUGCGUGCCAGCUGGACAUACCCUGCCUCCUGGCCCCAGCAGCCCCAUUUCCUGCUCAAGUUCCGGUUGCAGUAUCGUCCAUCACAGCAUCCAGCCUGGUCCAUGGUGGAGCCAGCUGGAUUGGAGGAGGUGAUCACAGACGCUGUGGCUGGGCUGCCCCACGCUGUCCGGGUCAGUGCUCGGGACUUUCUAGAUGCUGGCACCUGGAGCGCCUGGAGCCCAGAGGCCUGGGGAACUCCAAGCACUGGGCCUCUACCAAAGGAGAUACCAGCUGGGGGCCAGCUACACACGCAGCCAGGGGUGGACCCUCAGGUGGACAGUCCUGCUCCUCCAAAGCCCUCUCUCCAGCCAGACCCACGGCCACUUGAUCACAGGGACCCUCUGGAGCAGGUGGCCGUGCUGGCAUCUUUGGGAAUCCUUUCUUUCCUGGGACUGGCAGUGGGAGCCCUGGCACUGGGGCUCUGGCUGAGGCUGAGACGGGGUGGGAAGGAUGGAUCCCAAAAGCCUGGGUUCUUGGCCCCAAUGAUUCCAGUGGACAAGCGCUCAGGAGCUUCAAACCUGCAGAGGACCCAGGAGGGCUUCAGCUGAUUCCACCUCUAACUCUGUCUCGAUUGUAUGGAUGGAUGGACAGAUAGAACCCAGACAGGACAGUAGAUCCCAAUGGAUGGGGUCUCAGUUGGAGGUUCUGUUUGAAGUCAGAGGCAGGUGGAGGUGUAUUGCUUAUCCUGUGACACUCCUGGGGCCUGGUUCUUGGCCUGUUGCUGCAGAACCCAAGAGGCACAUCCUGUUUUGUAAGACCCUGCAUUCCAAACUUGCUAGCCUGAAAGGAGACUGGACCUCUGAUUUCAUCCCAGAGCUGGAGUUCCGCCUGGGGAAUGUGUGUAGGUGUGUAUGUCUGUGUCUAUGUGUGACCAUGUGUAUGUGAGACAGGGAACGUGUGUUCUCUGCAUACGAGUAUGUACGUAGGUGCCUGGGGAGAGUGUGUGGGUCCUUGGCUCUUGGCUUUGCCCCUCACAGGGGUCGUGAAGGUGUGAAUAAAGAGAAUGAGGAAGUUCUUGGUGGCCACA